GGAAAAAGGCGACGAUACCGAAUCCCUCUCAUGCGAAAUCCCCUCGAGUAGAAGAUUACCUCAUUCCAACGAAAUAUUGAAAUACUGCCUUGCGCAUUGAGAGAUCGCAACUUCUUUCUGAAGGCCGCGUCUUGAAGACGCCGGCACAAAUACUCCUGUUCAAACACCCGUUUUCCCGAUCACAAAAUGUUGAGACCAGCGACACCAUUGACGAUCUUGCUGUUCGCAGCGUUCUUCUUGCUCCUCAUAUCCGUUCUCUCGACGCCAAUUAUUAAACAAAUUCCCUUGGCUUCGUUUGGAGGAGUUGAUUUUGGUGUGUUUGGAUAUUGUCAGGGUACAAAAUGUACCAGUAUAGAGAUUGGAUACAAUACCGCAACUUUAUACAACAAGGAACAAACAGACAGUUUCGACCUGCCAACUGAGACCAGAGCAACUCUCUCGGCCAUUCUUAUUGUCCACCCCAUCGCAGCACUAUUCACCCUCGUCAUGGCCAUCAUGGCUGCAGCUGCACACUUCCACGCGCCUUCACAUUCUCCACGAUAUCUACUCGGGAUCUUCAUCCUUAGUAUUCUGACCUUGAUCACAUCUCUUCUGUCAUUUUUGAUUGAUGUUCUGCUCUUUGUCCCACACAUGGCAUGGGGAUCUUACAUUGUUUUAGCAGCCACCAUUCUAAUCGCUGCUAGUGGUAUUGUAUCCUGUGCAAUGAGGAGAACGUUGGUCAGCCGAAAAGCAAGGAAGCGCCGAAUUGCAGAGAAUGCAGAGAUGAAUGGGGAGAAUUUCUAUAAUCGACAAGGACCGCCUCCGGCGCCAGCACCUCCCGGCACUACUUUGGUUGGAAGUGAGUCUGCCGUCGACAAGCUGCCUGCUUUCGCUACAUUUGAUAUGGCGAAGAAGGAUCCAGAAAGGACGAGUGAUGAGAGGAUCCCCUUGACAACCAGGACUCCAUCUGAGACCUCACCCAAUGGUAAUGGAGCUGCAGCUAUGGGAGGAGUCGACAGAUAUGGAGCACCUCCAAGAAUGGGAGAAGCUCCACUGCGUGAUCAAUAUGGCAAUAUCAUUCCACGACCAGGAGGUUAUGGGGGAAGGAGUAGAGAUCCAUCAGCAGACCCAUCUUUGAAUCGUCAAUACUCAGACCAUUCGAUGAACUCGAGAGGUAGAGGGGGCCCUGGUGGUUAUAGGGGAGGACCAAGAGGUGGUUAUGGGAAUGGACGUGGUGGACCACCAAGGGGAGGUUACGGACCACCUCGUGGUGGGGGCUAUGGAGGUCCUUACAGAGAUCAGAUGGGUCCACCUGGUCCAAUGGGCGGUGCUAUGAUGAGAGGAGGAAGGGGAGGUGCACCUCCAGCCUACGGAAGAGGUGGCUAUGAUAACAGAGGGCCACCAAAUGGGUAUGGCCAGAGGAGACCUCAGCCUGGAGGAUACGAUCCAUAUGCGCCUCCAGCGCAAGGAGAGUAUGCGGCAUACAACCCAGAUGAUUCUAGAAGUAGUCUUCCUCGAGCUGAAUCACCACCACCACUGCCAGGACUUGACACCGAUGGUCCUGUUGGGCAAGCCAUAGAAAUGGAUGCUACGACCGGCAGUCCCUCAACUGCUCCAAGAGGGUUUGGGCAGUUUGGCAACAUCAGAGAGAGUGACGGAGAUGUAGCUGGAAUGGUUGGACUCCAACAGCAACGGUUACAGCAGCAGCGUCAAACUGUUGACAGUGACGUGAGCAGAUAUAGCACUGAGGAGGCAUAUGUUCCCCCACGACAAGCGUGGGGAGAAGCCGGUCGUUCAUCUCCGUUGAACCCAAACUCACAGCCUGCUGAGUUGCCAAGUCCUUCGGGAGCAGCUCACAGACGUAUAAGUUCGGCUGGAGACAACUACUAUGAAGAUGUGGAUCCUAGAUUCGCUACAGAAGAGCAAGCAACAGCACAUACGGCAGUUCCAGGUAUGGCAUCAGGCUACCCUCAAAGGAAUCCUUCCAACCAGAACCAGAAUCUUCGACCCAUCCAGCCCGUCAGUAAUCUGGAUGGUAGCAACUCCUACGAAGACCUCCAGUCGGGAUCACGUAGUCCUGCAGAAUCAGACCGCUCGAACUUCACCUCAGUAUCACAGCGAGGAGUCAACCCUAGAUGGAACGGUGGACCGGGUUACGCACCAAUGCCAACCAGACGACCCGCACCUCAGCAAAACGAUAUCCUCCUCAACUCAAACCCCGACUUCCAAUUACCUAGUGGUCGUGGUCGAGGAGGAUUUCCUAGAGGAGGUCGACCAAGUCCAGGACCAGGAAUGGUACCAAAUAGCGCGUACCCCACAACCAACGGCAUGUAGACACAUCUGAAUACGACGAUGAAACUUUUCACCAUUCAAUCAUCACACACCACUUUUAGAAUCUUGUCAAAUACCCACUCCGACAUGAGUACGAACAAAAAUAUCCGCAACGUAAUAUACUCCGCCAAUCGCGUAAAUACUUCGACUCCUCGUUUCCUUUUUUUUAUUUACCUGUUCUCUUCGUCCAUAUGCCACGAUUCGUUAGAAUAUUCCGCGGAUGGAUAGUUUUGACGUCGAUCUUCAGUCAAAUAUCGGCCCAGGCGGUUCCAGGCGUUCAGGUGUCAUGUCUUUUGGCUCAAUGCUUGCAUACACACGAAAACAUGAAAUGAUUCGAUGUAUCCAUCGCCGGCCAGCAAAUACCGACAUUGAAGCCAGGUCACUUGGCUAGCUAGCAAUCUUUCACCAUCGUCGCAGGCUUGUAUAUGUACAUACAAUAUGGAAACGAUACACGCACCAGUGCAAUCAAUUUUCAACUCUGUUACAUUUUCCCAGGUUCGAGUUCUCUGCAGCGGGUCUUGCUAGGUUAUUCUAAAUAGGGAGGAAUGGUGUUCCUCGCAAAACAAUGAGAUUAAAUGAGGUGGGAGGAGGUCUGGGCGUCUCUUUUUUUGUUGGGGGGAGGGAAGUGAGGGAAGAAUGGGGAUCUUGGCUACAGAGCUUGAGAUAAUGGAAAAGGAUAGGCAUGUGUAACAGCUGCAGCACUCUGGUGAGAUGAGAGGAUUUGGCUGGGAUGCGUAGAGAGCAAGUUGAAAACGCCCAGUAAUAAUGAAGAUAUUGUAAGACGCCGUGAAGUUCUGUCGGUUUCCUUCUGUGAUGAGAGCAGCCCGGAUCAAGCUAUUUUCAUGCCAGUUGCUGGCUCGCUUUUGUAAUCCAUGAUGAUGAGAAUAGCACUGGAAGAGCUUUGAAGCUAUUGAAUAACACGGAUUUGCG